CCACACAGAGUGGCGCAUUGAAACUUAAGUGCUAGGGCUGCACUGGAGCUCUUUCUGAGUCCUUUGAAUUCGCUUUCGUACUAAGAAGAGUAAAGUGCACCAGCACCCGCAGAGGUGAGCAGUGUGACCAUCGCCGUGGAGACUCGGUGGAGGCGGAGCUUCUCCCCUUUCAGUGACCUGUCAAUCAGUCAGUCGUCGGCGUGACCGAACUUCUCUUUGGCUGCAAUGGAAAGGAGACGCCUGAAGAGAGAUCUCCAGGCCCUGCUGGCCGAUUACAUUGGACAGAGACUCAGAGAAAAAAGCUUUGAUGCCCAAGGAAAGGCUUCAACCAUGCUGGAUGACUUGGCGCACUAUGACCUGGCCAUUACUGUGGCCCUAUGGUGGCUGGACAGAGGCGAGGGCCAUGAUGCCGUCGAGAGUGACCUCAUAGCGGUCACCAGUCCUGGGGACGGCCAGUACCCCAACCAUCUGGAGCGAGAAGCCAUGAUCCUGUCCACCUUUGCUGGGAUGGUCCUGAACAGCCUCCCUGUGGAAGAGGUCCUGUCCCUGUACAGCUGCAAGCCCUCUGCCUCUCACGCACAGCAACGCACCAAGAACUCCAUCGUUCACCCUUUCACCUUGUCUUACCACCCAUUCGCCAUGCUGAAUGCCUACAAGGCUGUGGCACAUUCCAAGAGGCACUCCCAGUGGCUGCAGCGCUGGCGGUCUGGACAGUGUAAGACACCAGCACCUUACUCACCUUCAUCAUCAUCAUCAUCAUCAUCCUCAUCUUCAUCCUCAUCCUUACCCUCACCACAGCCCUCCCUCAGUGACGGUGAGGACUCCCUGACGGAACACUAUGAAGGAUCAGCGGAAUCCCUGCAGGACUGAGCCACACCCCUCUCCCAUUAUGACAUCACAAGAGGAGCACCCCGCCCAGAUUAAUGAAACGUUCCCUCACAUGAACAUACUUCCGCCUUUUUGUGAAUACAGCUCCACCCAUUUCUCCCAAUCUUCGGGCUAAUAUUUAUAAUACAUGCUGUGCUGCUGAAGUGAAGUUUGCAUGCAGCUUUUUCGUAACAAAAACCUGCCCCCUUCCAAAUUUACCCCAUAAUGCACCUUACAGACAGGGUCUUAAGCUAUGUGUGUAUUCAUCAUUAUGAGUAGGCCAGUAAAAUGUCCUGAUUAUUUCCCAAUGUGUAAUUCUGAGCCACACACACGUUUGUACAGUGCUGGAGGGUGGUGCUGGUACAUUGUUGGAGGCAUUGGCUUGUGCGGUAUAUCUUAUCUUAUUGCCUCUGAGUUGAGGCGUAAGUUUGCAGUUUAUGCCCUGUGCUCUUUCCAGAAUAAAUGCAGCAUCAGCGAGGGCCUGCUCUGUGGUAAUGUUAAAUGCUCUGCACCAUAAUCCUUUUGUUGUGGAUCAGUGGGUUUAGAUGUCCUUUGGGAGACGUGUAAAAUGGGAACGGGGGUGGGCAAAGAGCCCGGCGAGGACAUUGUGUCCUGGAGAAUCAGAUUUUACCUCCAUGGACUGGAUCAAUAUUUGGCAGCGUCACAGAGGCCUAUAUAUCCCAGGCAUUAAAAUAAGAAAUGGCCUGAUCCUGUGGCCUUCGAUUGAGGUUGCUAAAACUGGCCCUGCCUCUUUUCCCGCAAGUUUCACGCUGGGGAAGAUGACGCCUGUUUUCUGUCCAUAAUGAGUGAGAGGAAGAAAUGUAGACGCCUGGGGUAGGUAGAGGUGAACCGCCAUUAUUUUUUAGUGCACGUGACUUUGUGCACGGGAUUACAAGACAAUGAUGGAGAUUAUUUCAAGUCAAAUAUGUUCCUUUGUUUUCCAGGCUUUGCCGAAGAAAAUCCUAAAAUGUUGACAAUAACUGUGGGUUUCAACAAUAAAGAAUAAAGAUAUGAAGAAAGAGAAAAUAAAGCAAUGGUUGGGGAGAUGCAAUGUUGCUAGUACUUUAAUUAAAAUAAGGAUGUUAGGUUGAUAUUUUUAUAUACAAUUCCUCACACUUAGGAUUUAGGAUGUGAUUGCUCAAUAUGAAAUAAAGAGUGAUGUGCAACUGGGA